AUGAAGGGGAAGCAAGUUCAAGUUCAUCAUCAUCAAGAUCUGCAUGCAGGAGAUCUUCAUCAUCACCACAUGAAAGAUGUAAAUAUUCCAAUCUCAGAUGGGUUUGGUGGUGGUGGUGCCAUGGAGGAACUGGAAGAUCAGGAGGAUAAUUUGGGUGUGGACCCUAGUGAGAUGUGGCUUGAUGACAAUGACCAAGAAACUGCUCUCCUUGCUGAUGUCAAUGACCCUUCCAUCUUCUACAAUGACCACUUCCCUCCUCUCCCUGAUUUCCCAUGCAUGUCAUCUUCUUCCUCCUCAUCUUCAACCCCUGCACCGGUCAAGUCGGUCACUUCAUCUUCCACCUCGUCCUCGGUCUCCUCGUCCUCCUCCGCGGCCUCCUGGGCCAUCUUGAGAUCGGACGCGGAGGAAGAUGGGGAGAGAAGGCAGCAGCACCACCAUAACAGUUACAACCACCGCCACCAGUACUCACAGGCUGAUGAUAAGGCGGUUGAUGCGCAUGCCUUGUCCUCCACCGCCUCGAUGGAGAUCUCUCAGCCUUCGGAUCUCGGCAGGGGAAGGCGGAGCCAUGGAUUGCAUGGGUGCGAUGGAGACUUUUGGGUACAUGGAUCUGUUCGAGUCCAAUGA